AUGGGUAACACUAGCAAGAAGCUGGCAGCGAAAUGUACCCUCCUGACCAAAGAGGAACAGAAGUACGUUGCGGCAACCUUCCGAGCGGCCAGCAAGAACUCUGAGAAAAUUCGUGAGGAGGAUCUCAUCGUGAGUGGCAAACUAGACGCAGUGUCCUUGGAAAAAUUUUGGGGUCCGCAAAUAGAUCCAAGAUUAGCGCAGUAUCUGACCAACUUCUUGUUUGGUUCUGGACAGCAGAAAACGCCAACAGUUGAUUUUAAUAGAUUUGCCGAAUUGUAUGUUUACAAUGUUCGGGGUACCGUAGAGGAGAGGAUGAUUGUCACGUACAAUUGCCUCGGUAUGGACUAUAACGAGGAUGUGGAACUGCCUUUCCAACUGCUAAAAGAGUAUUGUGAGAGCAUCGUGUCCACAUACAUAAAGAUACUGAAAUCGUCAUCAUCGAAACGUGCAAGGACGUGGAUAGAAAAGGGCUUUAGAGCUAACGCGUCUCAUGUACAAGCCCUAGGGGAGGCGGUCGCCGCCUCUGUGGGGGGAGACCUAGACUCGCCCCAACAUUGCACAGCCCAGCAAUUGUCAAAAUGGUUACAAUCAAACAUUCUGUUAAAACAAGUGGCAGAAUUGGUGUACGUGAAUUUGUAUGGGAUCAACAAAAGGGCAGGCGAUGAGAGCCCGACGCCAUUACCGCCGGCCGCACCGUCUUUACUACCAGGGCCCGAAGGUCUAGACCCAAUGCCAGACUAUCCAGCCUUCAUCGACAUGUCCCACAUUGUUUGGAUAAACGCCCAUCUUCCUCAGAAGUAUCAGCACAAGUGGCGCUUCUUAUUCUCGACGCAUAUACAUGGAGAAUCGUUUUCUACUAUGACAGGUCGAAUAAUAGACCAGGGUCCCUCAGUUAUAAUCAUCGAAGACUCCAGCGGUUACAUAUUCGGAGGCUUCGCUUCUGUAUCUUGGGCUUUUGGUCCGAACUUUAUCGGCACAGACGAAGCUUUUCUAUUUACAUGUGCCCCGAAAAUGAGAGUUUAUCCUGCCACUAACUACAAUGAUCACUAUCAGUAUAUGAAUCAUCAUACGAAGACUUUGCCCAAUGGAAUGCUGAUGGGAGGGCAGUUCCAAUUCGGGGGUAUCUGGGUAAAUGCUGAGCCCUUUGGCGAGGGUUCGUCUGCGGAGUCCUGCAGUACAUUCCGAGGGUACCGCCGCCUCAGUAGGGAGCCUUCCUUCCGUAUCCGGAGCCUCGAGGUGUGGGGAGUGGGAGACAAGCCUGAGCGGGAUAAGGAUGAGGAUGAACGCGACUUGAGCGUUCUAGAUACGAAUCUAGAAGCGAAGGCCAUAUUAGAUAUGGCUGGACGGACUCGCCACAGUGAGGGCAUCAGGGAACCACCGCCUUUAUAA